AUGAACUGGAUUUCAUCUCUCUCUUUCACUCUCUCUCUCUCUCUCUCUCUCUCUCUCUCUCUCACUCACUCACUCACUCACUCUCUCUACCUACCUACAUCUCCCUCUCUCUCUCUCCUUCUCUCUCUCUCUUUCUUCUUUCUGACCUGUGAAUGUCUAAACAGUCUUUCCAUUACCCUUCUUCUCAUCAUUUCCUUCCUUACUUACUUACUUCCUUCCUGGCUUCUUUCUUUCCUUCCCACCUUUGCUUCCUCCCUUCCCUCCUUUCCUUCCUUCUUUCUUUCCUCCCUUCCCUCCUUCUUUCCUUCUUUCCUCCCUUCCUUUCUCCUUUCCUUCCUUCAUUCCUUCUUUCUUUCAUUCUUUCUUUCUUUCUUUCUUUCCUUCCUUCCUACUUUCCUCCCUUCCCUCCUUCUUUCCUUCCUUCCUUCCUUCUUUCUUUCCAUCCUUCCUACUUUCCUCCUUCUUUCCUUCCUUCCUUCCUUCCUUUCCUUCCUUCCUUCCUUUCUUCCUUCCUUCCUUCUUUCCUUCUUUCCUCCCUUCCCUCUUUCCUUUCUCCUUUCCUUCUUUCCUUCCUUCUUUCUUUCCUUCUUUCCUUCCUUCCUUCCUUCCCUCUUUCCUCCCUUCCCUCUUUCCUUUCUCCUUUCUUUCCUUCCUUCUUUCCUCCCUUCCUUCUUUCCUUCUUCCCUUCCUUCUUUCCUCCCUUCCCUCUUUCCUCCCUUCCUUCUUUCCUUUCUCCUUUCCUUCCUUACUUCUUUCUUUCUUUCCCUCCUUCCUUCUACUUUUCUACCUUCCCUCUUUCCUUUCUUCUUUCCUUCCUUCCCUCUUUAUAAUUUUCUUUCUUUCCUUUUUUCCUUAUUUUUUGCUUCCAUCUUUCCUUCUAUCCUUUCUUCUUUCCCUCUUAUUUUAUUCCUUUCUUCCUUCUUUCCUUCCUUCAUUCUUUCCUUCCUUCUUAUCUUCUUUACUUUUGCCAUUAUUCCUUCCAUCCCGCCUUCGUUCCCUUCUCUCAUCUUUUCUCCCCUAAAUCCUUCGUUUACUUUUCCAUUCAAACAUUUCUUUCUUUCUUUCUUUCUUUCUUUCUUUCUUUCUUUCUUUCACCUCCUUCCUACUUUCCUUACCCUUUCCUUUCCUUUUUUCCUUGCCCUCCUUCUUUCUUUCCUUGCCCUCCUUCCUUCUUUCCUUGCCCUCCUUCCUUCUUUCCUUACCCUCCUUCCUUCUUUCCUUGCCCUCCUUCCUUCUUUCCUUACCCUCCUUCCUUCUUUCCUUGCCCUCCUUUCUUUGCUUUCCUUCUUCUUUCCCCUUCCUUCUUCUUUCCUUGCCCUCCUUCCUUUCUUUCCUUGCCCUCCUUCCUUCUUUCCUCUAAUCCUCCUUCGUUCUUUCUUUGCCCUCCUUCCUUCUUUCUUACUUCCUUCUUUCUUUCCUUGCUCUUUCCUUGCCUUUCCUUCUUUCCCUCCUUCUUUUUCUUUCCUUGCCUCCUUCCUUCUUUCUUUUCUUUCUUUACCUCCUUCCUUCUUUCCUUUUCCGUUGCCUUUCUUUCUUUCCUUGCCCUCCUUCCUUCUUUCCUUGCCGUCCUUCUUUCUUUCCUUGCCCUCCUUCCUUCUUUCCUUGCCGUCCUUCUUUCUUUCCUUGCCCUCCUUCCUUCUUUCCUUGUCUUCCUUUCCUUGCCCUUUCCUUCUUUCCUCCUUCCUUCUUUUUCCUUGCCCUCCUUCCUUCUUACCUUACCCUCCUUCUUCUUCCUUUCCUUUCCUCUUUCCUUGCCCUCUUUCCUUCUUUCCUUUCCCUCCUUUCUUUACCCUCCUUCCUUCUUUCCUUGUCCUCCUUCCUUCUUUCUUUGCCCUCCUUCCUUCUUUCCUUAUCCUACUUCCUUCUUUCCUUGCCCUCCUUCUUUCUUUCCUUACCCUCCUUCCUUCCACUCUGCCUUCCUCUUCAUAA